AUGCCUCCCAAUAAACACUUUGCUCCGUCCCCAACUCCUACCGCCUCGCCGAGCAUUGGCGCUGUCACUGGUGAAAGCGAAUGGGAACCACUGUCUUCCGGUCCCAUAGAUUUUGCUGAACAGUCACAUGGCAGAGUAGGAGGGCGGGACGAUUCUCUUGUCCUGCCACAUGAGGUUGAUGUCGAUGAAGGAUCGGAAGAUGGAGGUGCAGGACGGCAGGAUGAGUCCCAUGUCCUGCUCAACGAGAGUGAACUUGAUGAAGGGAUGGAAGACGAUACUCGCAGGCUUGACCGGACGCUCGAUGUCAAAGACGGUCAUCGCCUUAGCGCCAUCAAAUAUAUCCUCGCGACGUACAUGCACUAUCGGCAGCUUGAGAAGGCAACGACAGACUCCGAGAUAGAAAUCGUGGUCUCGAGGUUGAUUAGGGAGUGGCAAUCCGUCGGAGGAUGGCUACUCGCUAUAGCCGCGGUGGACGUGACCUUCUUCGGAUUCGCGCCACAAUCACAGCAAAAGCUCUUCGACAUCGAGGGCUCGACCAUUGGUGCAGUCUCCACCUCAGCCACCACGGCUGCACUGGGGAUCUUUUACGACGCAUGA